AUGCGGGUGUCUAAGGUGGACACAGGUGUCAUCCUGGAGGAAGGAGAGUUGAAGGAUGACGGAGAGGACUCAGAAAUGCAAGUGGACCCUCGUGGAUCAGAUGCCAAUAUCAUUUCUCACCAGAAAUUGAUAAAGAGCCUCUUUGGCGAUGAUGACAAAGACUUCACCGAGGAAACUGAGAUCAUGCCGACUCUUGAGCCAUUACCAAGUAAUGAGGUCCCAGGACAUCAGUCUGUCUUUAUGAAUGAACCACAGCUUUCUGAUUUUAAGCAAGUUCUCCUGUGGGAGGGGAUUCAGGCUGUUUGGUGGCGUGGUUAUCUGCAACAAUAUGGUGGCUGUUCGGAGGACUGA